AAUGUGAAACAAGAAGGAGAAGCAUUGGAAUUCCUUCAAUCUCUCCCUGAUAAAAGUGUCGCAUUAGCGUUUUUUGAUCCGCAAUAUGAAAAAGUUGGAGAUAAAAACCCGCAGACAAGUAGAAAGUUCACCGACAAAUCUUUCCCUAAUGUUUGGAAAGAAGAGAGUUUAUCAACCCAGCGAAGGAAACACCCGCAUCAAAAGCCGUUUUAUCUAAUUAGAACUUUAAUAAAUGCGACAACCCAAGAAGGAGAUUUAAUUGUUGAUCCGUGUGCUGGAAGUUUUAUUGUCUUGGAUGCUUGUCAAGAUUUAGGCCGUGAUUUUAUUGAAUACUUAUUGAAUAGUGAAGGCCAAAUUGUAGCCGUGGAAGAUAUUGACCCAUUUAAAUAUAGUAAGGAACAACAAGCAACCCCGAACAAUUACGAAGAACUGAAAAAAAACUAUCAAUAUUUAAGCAAAAAGGAAGAAUUAUCGCCGCCCAUAGAGAUAAACGAACCCUUGCCCCCUUUUUCUCUUAACAUUGAGGAACUGCCCGAAAUAGAACCCCCCGAAGAUGAUGACAUUAAUAAAGAACCCAAAAUUGAAGAAGAACCCGAGGAAGUGGAAGAAAAAGAGCGAGAUUGUGAAGUUAAGGAGAGCGACAAAGAGGAAAAAUAA